AUGGUAGCCGUUGUCAAGAGAGGUCUACCACACGGAACUAACUCGACUCACUUUGUGCUUUCUGUUGAAGAGAUAUCAGUUCUGCAGAAUAAUCUUGGACUACAUAAUGAAGCAAGAUCCUCUGGUUUAUUUAUUAACGCCGCUAUUCAUGAGUUAUUAUCAUUAUAUCACACAGUAUUGUUGCUAAAAGACCAACAUGACGAAGCAAUGUCAAAUAGUGUAAAUGAAAAGUCUGACCGUAAACCACUUAAAGUAAAAUUACAUAAUUUAUACGAAGCCGCCGACCCAUUCGAUUCCAAAAUAAUUGAUAUACUGAUAAAGCUUAUAAACAAAUUGUUUGAAAAUAUUCUUAUAUACGAAGAGGUCAAAGUAUUCGAAUUGAAGACCGACUAUCUUGAUAUAGUCCUCAGUCCAAUAUCUCAUGAUCUGCAAAAGAAACCGAUGUACAGGUGGCUAAAUAGAGCAACGGGGUUCUCAAACGAUAAACAUCCCGAUGGUGGCAGUUGCAUUAUCACUCGAAUACGAAUCUCUUGUUCUACUGGAUUCUGUGAAGUGAAAGCAAGUUGAAUGACCAAUUGGUUUCGAAAAAGGUGACCAACUGAGACUCAAAAUACUGACCAAUUGAGGCUCAAAAUAUCGAGUUACGAAAGUGUCCAAUUGAAGUUUAAAAGCAACCAAGUUUUUC